AUGCGAAUAUAUUAUUUCUUUCACAGUGCCCUUGUGACAUAUUUGACCUGUCUGGAGGGGUCAGGGAAAGGUGACGACGGGUGUCCGCUGCCACCUGCUAAUGCUACCGCCACAGAGACUGAUUUCACCUCAGCUAAUUGUAGUACGGAGGCAGAUUUUACGAACACCUGUAUAUGUCAGAAAGACUUCUGGAAGACGAAUCAAAAUACUAAUGCUACCAAGUGCAGCGCCACCACUGCUUACAUUGCGUGCUUGAAGUGGAAGACAAAGAAGGCCUGUGAUGGUUCCACUACUGUAACAGCUCUGGCUACUGGCGUAGAGACCAGGAUAAAAGAUCUGGGAAGCACAGCCUGUCCUGUCACCCCCACCUGCCAAUGUGAGAUUAAUGCUACUAAAGCAGACAUUGCCAGUGAUGCCAAAAUGUGCACUGUACUGACCACUCUGAGGACCUGUCUUUCAGCCAUCAACACCACUGACGAGCUCGGGUGUGCCACUGACACACAGGCAACCCUUUUAAAUGACACUAACACCAAGAUAGCCACGUGUGCCGCGGAUCACGUGACCUUUGCGAUGACGUCACUGUUCGUCUCAGUUCUUGUAAACAUGUUCCUGUAACGGCCAUCGAUACUGGUUUAUGAAACUCCUGUUUGUUCUAAGUUACU